GACAGCCCAACAGCCAUCUUUCCCCCGAUACGCUCCAACUAUCUCUCGAAUCCCUGUUUCUAGCUCCUUAUCAUCCCAUUUCUUGAUUCUUUACCGUCAGGAUGGGGUCCGAUCCGCAGUACAUCAAGUACCCGGACCUCACGAUCGCCCAAGAUGUCUUCAACAUCUCCAACCCGUCAUGUUCGCCAGCUGUCCAACAGACAUCCUUGAAGAAACUUCAACAUGCCAUUUCGGAACAUAAAAUGGCUCCUCUGUACAGACAUCUCGCGCACCCGGUCGAAGGUAUCCUGAAUACCUCUGGCGAAACCGCAUCUGGUGCCGCUGGCUCAACGAAGCCUGCAAUCGUGUCGAACAUUCUGGCAUCUCGAAAGUCGUCACCGAAGAUCGAAUUUCCUUGGGAUGAGAAGCUAUACCAGUCGCUAGUCGAGGAUAACAAGAAGGAGCUGGAGGAAUUUCAGAAAGAGGAAAAUGAGGCGCAAGAAGCCGCUGGGGAUACGGAGGUGCUGGCCGCACGUGGAAAGCUUGCUGAGUUCUGGGCCCGUGUUGGCGAUAAGGACAAAGCCGUCGAAUCCCACGAAAGCCUUAUCGAAAAGACAUCGUUCCUUGGAACCAAGAUCGAUCUGGUGUUGGCUCUCAUUCGAAUUGGCCUGUUUUUCGGUGACGCGCUGUACGUCAAGAAGAAUAUUGACCGCGCGAAUGGCCUGGUCGAGAGCGGUGGUGACUGGGACCGAAGGAAUCGCCUGAAGGCCUACAAGGGACUGCACCUACUGACCGUCCGUUCAUACAACUUAGCUGCACCGCUACUCCUGGACAGUUUGUCUACUUUUACGAGUUACGAACUUUGCAGUUAUUCCGCACUGGUGAUCUACUCCGUUCUUGCGGGCUCACUCUCGCUGAAGCGAGUAGACUUCAAGGCCAAGGUGGUUGAUGCCCCAGAGAUCAAGGCCAUCCUUGGAGAAGGAGAGGACCGGUUGGCCGGACUGACCGGUGCAGUUUCUGCCGGACCUGGUGCUCGCGAUGAAGAGAUGAAAGAUGCGUCCGCUUCGACCUCCACGCCGGAGACGGCAACCACAGCGGUUAACCUUACCACGUUUGGCACGGGUUCUGGUAUCCAGGCGGAUGUCGAAGCGCCUAUGGACUUCACCCCUCUGGCCAAUCUGGUCAAUAGUCUCUACAACGGCAACUACCGGUUGUUCUUCCUGGCACUGGCGGCCGUGGAGGAACGCUUUCUCACGCAGGAUCGGUAUCUGUACGAGCACCGCGCGUGGUUUGUGCGGGAGAUGCGGCUGCGGGCUUACCAGCAGUUGCUCCAGAGCUACCGGGUGGUUGGAUUGAACACCAUGGCGAUGGAGUUUGGCGUCACUGUGGAUUAUCUUGACCGGGAUUUGGCAAAGUUCAUUGCCAACGACCGGAUUUCAUGCACGAUCGACCGGGUCAAUGGGGUGAUCGAGACGAACCGCCCGGACCAUAAGAACAAGCAGUAUGCGGACCUGGUAAAACACGGCGAUGCGCUGAUCACGAAGCUCCAGAAGUAUGGCCAGGCAGUGCGGUUGCGAGGCAGCGAGCGGAGCUAGGUCUGUCAGGAGCUCUAGGAGACGGAUUGGGCGCGAGGUCCCGGGAAGUCGUAUGGUCCCACGAGCGUAGGAGCAUAGACGGUAUUAGUGUGACUUAGAGCAAAAGCAUAGCCAUAUGUAACUUAAUGAGGAAAGACAAGUGGGAUGAGAAACCCCUGAACAACUU